GUCUUAUAAAAAGCUAACAGAACUAAUCUUGAUAAUUAACAAGUGAUUAACUUAAUUUGCGAUCAAAUUGAGUGAAAUUUUUCUCGUGUAAAUCAGUAAAUUCAACAAUCAUGACUGAGAUAAUUGCGAGCAACUUUCAAUCAAACAUAACCAGAUUAACUCGAGAAGAGGAGGAAGUUAAUCAGGCAAUUGAUUCUCUUCGUGAAUUGUGUUUACAAGAAAUCGCCACCAAUGGACAUUUAUAUGAUCCAAAUGAUGCUAAAAUUAUUCGUGGUGGUCAGAGAAUGUCCAUGAUUUCCUAUUUAGAGUCACACUCAUGGAAUAUUCAUGAUUCAUUUGAAUCUGUUAAAGCUCAUUGCCGUUGGCGAAAAGAAAACUCAUUAUGUGACCUAAAGGCGACAUCAUUUCCCCGUGAACUUCACAUCCACGGGAUGUUUCAUCCUUACGGUUAUGAUAAACUUGGUCAUCCUUUACUGUUCAUUAGACUUUCGACCCAAACUGGACCUCGAGAAUUGAACAGUCUUGUGUUACAACAUUUCAUUUGGGUCGCUGAAACCAUGAGAGAUCGAGUUAUCGAAAGUGAUAAACGAUUCGCUCUCAUCUACGAUUGUCGUAAUCCAUCGGUGGACAUUCGUCUCAUCAAGGAAAUUUUAACCAUCUACACUCAACAUUAUCCUCUUUCUUUGGCCUGGGUCGCUUUUAUCGAGAUGACAACUUCAUUUCGACUUAUGUAUCAUGUGAUUAAAUUUUUCUUCCCUAAAUAUAUUCGAAAUCAAAUGAUGUCCAUUGAUCGAUCAGGUCUUCGAGAAUUGGUUGAUGAAGAUAAUAUUCCAACUUAUUUGGGUGGAAAUUCAGUUGGAAUGGAUUCUUGUGAAUUGGAAAAUUGUCCAACAACUGAACAAUUUGUUCAAUCAGCAGGAUAUUCAAAGGAACUCACAGCGAAAACAAUUAAACAUUUCCAACAAUUCCAAAGAUAAUUAAGAAAUUGGAAAAUGAUUCUCAUCUCUUGUUAACAAUUAAAAUCUACUCCAUUUUCUUGAUUGUUUACUUUUGAUAUACAAUCAUUAAUCAGAUUUCUAAAUGUUAACUGUUCAUUAUUCAUGAUAAAAUUUUCUCAUUCACAAGCAAUUCAUUAACUAAUUGAUGAAACCAAAAUAAACUUUAAUUGAAAAUUAA